CGUCGCACUUCUCCUGACCGAGCGGAGCGCCGAUCCUCGCACUGCUGGCUUUACGCGGUCUUGAAAGGAUUAAAGAGAAAGUCGGGCAGCGAAGAACUGAAAACGAAAGACAGACAGACAGGCGGCCUGGACGGGAUGCCCCGCGGCGUUCGGCCCCACUGACGCGUUUAUCUCGCGGAGUGUUUUUUUUUUUUUUUUUUAAACUGAGAGUCACGGGAGCGCGCACUUCUCCAAGACUUUACCGAGUCGCGAGAGCGCGCACUGCUUCAAGACUUUUCUCCACAGAGCCGCAGAAGCGCGCGUCUCGUUCCCAGACUUUAUCUUUUCAAAAGGUGUUUGGGGGCCACGGCCCCCCGCCGCGUGGAACUGGCAGACAUGUCCAAAGACCUGAUACCGCGGCUCUGCUGCAUGGUGAAGGGAGACAACGGCUACGGCUUCCACCUUCACGGCGAGAAAGGAAAGAGCGGCCAGUACAUCCGUAAGGUAGAGCCCGGCUCACCGGCCGAGGCGGCGGGACUGCGAGCAGGAGAUCGUCUGGUGCAGGUGAACGGGCGCAACGUGGAGCGAGAGACACAUCACCAGGUGGUCCAACAGAUCAAAGCCCAGGAACUUGAAACGCGCCUCCUAGUGGUGGACAAGGAGACGGAUGAAUUCCUGCGCAGCCUGCACCUCACGGCCACAGAGGAGAUGGCACACACGGGUAUCCUGGUGCCAGCCAGUCCGCAGGACGUCAAGGAGAACGGCACCUUCUGGAAGCAGCCAUCAGUGCUGAGCAGUGGGGAGAUGAAUAAGCAGUCGCCCAGGAGCACGUUGGACAAUGGCAGGAGGGUGUCUCGACCUCCUCUGCUCAAAGAAUGUCACCCCAGGCUGUGCCAGCUGAAGAAGGGCAGUGUGGGCUAUGGUUUUAACCUGCACAGUGAGAAGUCAAAGCCCGGGCAGUUCAUCCGUUCGGUGGACGAGGGCUCAGCUGCUGAUAAGUCUGGACUGCGGCCACAGGACCGGCUGAUCGAGGUGAAUGGCAUCAACAUCGAGGGGAUGAAGCACUCGGAAGUCGUGGCAUUCAUUAAAGCCAGCGGUGAGGAGGUGCGGCUCCUGGUGGUGGACGCUGAAGCGGACGACUAUUUCAAAAAGCUGGACGUGACCCCGACGGACAGCCACGUGAUGGAUGCUGUGACCCCCAGCAUGACAAACGGAUCUCCAAAACCACAGAUGAAUGGAAACUCGACCUCCGACUCCUCACUCAGCGAGCAGCACUCACCGGAGAGCGACUCUCUCGAGCAGGUUAAAGAAGAGUCCACCGGUCACGACCCAUUUACAGAAAGCGGCCUUAACCUGAGCCCUACGGCAGCGGAAGCCAAAGAGAAGGCCCACGCCAAACGGGCCAAGAAACAGGCGCCUCCGAUGGACUGGAGCAAGAAGCACGAGAUCUUCAGCAACUUUUGAGAGGGCCGGCAUCCCCGUGUCCACCGCGGCGGAAUGCAGCCGAGCGAACGGGAGGCCCGACAGGCGGCUGGCCAGCCUUUAAGAAGAGCGACGCUUUGACCGCAUUCCACGGACUUAGCGGCUGUGCCCAGCGUGGACCCGCUUGGUGCCCUGAUGCAUACGCACAUGACACGUGUGAACGUUUAGGACAGCAAGGCGGCACGGCGCGUAUGUCGUGUUGAGGACUGCAUCCUUAUAACCACUUGCUCACUCGCCGUAAGAUACUAACGUCUCUGCUGUGGCAGCCGCUGCUUAAGCGCAGUGUUUAUUUCAUUUUUGUUUCUUUUCUUUUCUCGUGACCCGCCUUGUACCCUCGUCGGGUUACAUCUUACAAUGCGGCAGCCGCUAUCUAAUGCAUUGGCUUUGUCACAGAACUCCUAGAGUGCCUUUAAGUGUUAAGCCACCAGGGGCGCUAUAAGCACACCUUCUUCACAAUUGCUUUGGCUUUUUUUUGUGACUCACAACUGUGCCCCGCCCUCCUUUAAUAUUUAAAUACUCGACUUAAUGAAUUCAUGGAGCGAGUGGACCGUCGCUGCAGUGAGGACACUUGGAGAUGACUGACUGGACAGCAGGAUGACGUGCUGCGGCGCCCUUCAUGUUCAAUGGAUGUGCUGCAGAUGGACUUGGCCACCACCUACAAUGACAGUGGCUGAGAUGGUGAGGUCCUAUUCGGAUCAAGUGACUUUGGUUUUUUUUUUUUUUUUUUUUUUGUCCAAGUGUUUCACCUGGUGGUCCUAAAUUCGGCAGAGCAGAUUAUGGAAACGGACAGAUUGGCUACGUUUCGCGUUUAAUGUCGUCAUAUUUCAGUGCAUCAUGUAAAUAAAAUGGAUGUUAAUCGCA